AAUUUUGACAUUUUGCACUUGUGAAUGUGACGUGUUAAAUUUUCCGCUGCCAUAGUGCUAUUUUACACACAAAAUCUUAAAUAAAACAUAAAAUAGCUUAUUAAUAAUUGAAAUCUGUACUCGCUGAUAAAACUUAAGUAAAAAUGGGUUCUUUUCGUCGUGAGAAAGAGGAUGAAGAUGAGGGCAGCACCAAUAUAUAUCAGAAUUUAGAGAAAACCUCAGUAUUACAAGAGACACGCACUUUCAAUGACACGCCUGUUAUUCCAAGGAAAUGCAUACUAAUUCUUACCAAGAUACUUUACCUUAUCAAUCAAGGCGAACAGCUGGUGGCUCGCGAGGCCACAGAUUGCUUCUUUGCCAUGACAAAACUAUUUCAAUCAAAAGACGUUGUUUUAAGGCGUAUGGUAUACUUAGGCAUCAAAGAGUUAAGCUCAAUCGCCGAAGAUGUGAUUAUAGUAACAAGCUCACUUACUAAGGAUAUGACAGGCAAAGAGGAUUUAUAUCGUGCCGCUGCAAUACGUGCACUUUGCAGUAUAACAGAUCACACUAUGUUACAAGCAGUGGAACGUUAUAUGAAACAAUGUAUUGUAGAUAAAAAUCCAGGUGUUUCCUGUGCUGCACUUGUUAGCUCAUUAAGAUUGGCAAGCACUGCUGGCGAUGUUGUCAAAAGAUGGGCUAAUGAAGCACACGAAGCACUUAAUAGCGAUAAUAUAAUGGUACAAUACCAUGCACUUGGUUUACUCUAUCACAUACGUAAAUCUGAUCGUCUGGCUGUAUCCAAACUGGUAAAUAAAUUGGCACAUAGUGGUGUGAAGAGUCCAUAUGCUGUCUGUAUGCUGAUACGUAUUACUUGCAAACUGCUUGAAGAAGAAGAUCAAUCUGCAGAUGAAUCGCCAUUAUUUGCAUUUUUGGAAUUAUGUUUACGUCACAAAAGUGAAAUGGUUGUCUAUGAAGCAGCACAUGCCAUCGUUAAUCUUAAAAACACAAAUCCCCGCGCACUUUCGCCGGCUUUUUCUAUUUUGCAAAUGUUCUGUAAUGCACCAAAAGCUACUUUACGCUUUGCUGCUGUACGCACGCUUAAUAAAGUAGCCAUGACCCACCCAGCUGCUGUUACUACAUGUAAUUUAGAUUUAGAAGGUCUUAUAACGGAUUCGAAUCGAUCUGUUGCUACUUUAGCUAUAACUACGCUCUUAAAAACAGGCGAAAAUGACUCAAGUGGUUGGUUGGUCUCUAAUUGUGACGCAAAACUAACUGAGGAAUUUUUAAAAUAUACGAAAUAA